CUAGCGACCUGGUGAGACUGGGAGCGCCUCCUCUCCCUUCCCUUCCAGAGACCAAAGGGAGGAGAUGGUUAGGAGGAGAAGGAAAGAGGGUCCCAGGAGGCUCCAGUGUCAGCAUUCGUCAUGCUUUCUGGAACUGAAGUCUGAGGCUUUCCUGCGCUGGGUGUUUGUGUCUCAUCCACCACACCCUGAAAUCAAACUCGCAGCUUAGGUGAACCAGGCACUGUACAAACAUGUCAGAUUGUCUCCACCCCCUUCUCCUCUCCCGCGCUCUCCUACCUUCUUUCUUUCCCAAGUUUCUCGGCGUAUCAGUGAAUUCUAGUGUGAGACUGUACCUACCUCGCCUCUGGCUCCGGAGCACUGACAAGUGUGGGGAUAUUAAUGACUUAAUAUAUUCAAUGACUGAACAGUGAAGAAGAAGAAAGGAAGCUUGUAGCUGGCACCAUGUUCCGCAAAAAGAAGAAGAAACGCCCCGAGAUCUCAGCUCCACAGAACUUUGAACACCGGGUCCACACCUCAUUUGACCCAAAGGAGGGCAAAUUUGUGGGACUGCCUCCUCAAUGGCAAAAUAUUCUAGAUACAUUGAAACGCCCAAAGCCAGUUGUAGACCCUUCAAGGAUCACUUGUAUGCAGCUUCAACCUAUGAAGACUGUGGUGAGGGGCAGCACUGUUGAAGUGGAGGGAUAUAUCUCUGGAAUACUCCAUGAUAUUCAGAAGCUCUCUGCCAUCAGUUCCAACACUCUGAGGAGAAAGAGUCCCACCAGCAGGAGGAGAGCCCAGUCACUUGGACUGCUGGGAGAGGACAGGGCCCCUGACAUGUACCUUCAGAGCCCUGGCGUAGACUGCACAGACAACUAUGGAGACUACCUCAAUUGUAAUGGUGGGACCAAGGUGACCCGAAGGCAGACUAUGUGGCCAGAUUAUAAACCCCGGGUGGAUGGGGAGUCUCAUUCCAAUGGCAUGGUAAUGAAAGCACAGUCCCUUGGGCCUUCAGAAUUCCAAGGUGCCGGCAGUCGCUGCAUCCAGCUCACGUUAGGUUCCCAGCACCAGCAGUACUCCCCUAUUCUGACUGGGAAGAGUGACAAGCCUGGAAAAAGAAGCUCAGAGGACUGUUGGCCUCAGCCCUGCUUGGUGGGACAGUCAAAUCCCAGGCAUUCUGGGGAGGGCAGCCCUGGCUCUAAAUCACGGGAAAACAGCUUGAAGCGAAGGCUCUUACGAAGCAUGUUCCCAUCAGCAAGUGGCGCAAACAAAUCGGGUCCCACCCUGCAGAUAAAGCCUAAUGCUUUCUUCAGGCCUCAGCAAUGGGGCUCACCACGCAGCCCUGCAUCCAAAGCCCAGUCUCUUCCCUCUGAUCAUCCAGCACAAGAUUUUACUAGGAUGAUUUCAGAAGCCAGUACCCCUCAGAAGUCCCCAACCACUGAGAAAGCAGUUACUAUACAGCAGGGCAGACCAUCGCCAGCAGGGUCCCCCGGAAAUAGACAGACUCAAACUAGUGCCAGCAACCUUCACCUACCCCUGGAAUCUUCUGCUAAGGGACAGCUGGCCAAUGAGGACCCUGUGGUUGUAACUCAUGAGCAGUUCAAGGCUGCUCUUAGGAUGGUGGUGGACCAGGGUGAUCCACGGACACUACUGGAGAACUAUGUGAAGAUUGGCGAAGGAUCCACAGGCAUUGUCUGCAUUGCUCGUGAGAAGCACUCUGGGAGACAGGUGGCAGUGAAGAUGAUGGACCUAAGAAAGCAACAGCGACGGGAACUGCUUUUUAAUGAGGUGGUUAUAAUGAGAGACUAUCAACAUGUCAAUGUGGUAGAGAUGUAUAAAAGCUACCUGGUAGGAGAGGAGCUCUGGGUGCUGAUGGAAUUUCUGCAGGGUGGCGCCCUCACAGAUAUUGUCUCGCAAAUCAGACUAAAUGAGGAACAAAUUGCUACAGUGUGUGAGUCAGUGCUGCAAGCACUUGCGUACUUGCAUUCCCAGGGCGUGAUCCACAGAGACAUUAAGAGUGACUCCAUUCUCCUGACCCUUGAUGGAAGGGUGAAACUCUCAGAUUUUGGAUUCUGUGCUCAGAUCAGCAAAGAUGUCCCAAAAAGGAAGUCGCUGGUAGGAACUCCAUAUUGGAUGGCUCCAGAGGUCAUUGCAAGGGUCCCAUAUACUACUGAGGUGGAUAUCUGGUCUUUGGGGAUCAUGGUGAUAGAGAUGGUAGAUGGGGAACCUCCCUAUUUUAGUGACUCUCCAGUCCAAGCAAUGAAGAGACUCCGUGACAGUCCUCCUCCCAAGCUGAAAAAUUUUCACAGGACUUCCCCAGUUCUGAGAGACUUCUUGGAGCGGAUGCUGACACGAGAUCCCCUAGAAAGAGCAACAGCACAAGAACUUCUAGAUCACCCCUUCCUGCUCCAGACUGGACUUCCAGAGUGCCUGGUCCCCCUUAUUCAACAGUACAGGAAACGCACCUCCACUUGCUGACUGCUCAUGGGGAAAUGCUGAUUUCCCAGCACUGGAAAUGCAAUCCCUAUGCUGGAAAUACUGUUUGUACUCAACUGAGACCCAGACAGUCUCACCCUGUGAAUGGUGCUUGCCAGUAUUCUUUCAAAAGGAUGAAUGUGAAUACUCCCGAAUACUUCCCUCCAGCCCAUGGUCUCUACCUGCUGCUUUUUUUUUGGCUGAAGACAAUCAACAGAAACUAGAUCUGAAUAAGACCCAAUCUUGCUCAUUAAGAAGACAAUCUUUACAUGACUUCUGAAUUGCUCAACUUUCCUACAAGAAUGGCAUUUUUAAGAUGAGUGAAGUUGUAUAUACGUCUGCAAACUCCUGAAAACUUUAGCCAUUGGUGACCAAAUUGGAACUAUAUUUCCCAAACAGAAAUGUGAUAUUUGUUCUUGUAUACCGAAGUCCUGGGAUGACCCAAAGUAGAUGCAUUUUGGGGCACCUGACUCCUUUCAAAAACAAUGCUGUUUUUCUUUAUGAUGUUGUCUCAGAGAUGAUUUUUUCUCAUUCCUGAAAAAACAGAUAUGGUGUAUGCUCUAUAAUAUUUUCAAAUGCCUCCCAUGCAACAAACUGCUUCAUUUUUGCAGAAGAUAUAUGUGAUUUAGCAACAAGACUUAGCAGGUGGGCUGCCAUCAGUCCAUUUCACAAUCUUACCUGCAUGGAGGAUGAUUCUGCCUGGCACAGGCCUUGAUGUCUGCUCAUAGUCUAUUCUGCCGGCCACCAGAACCCUACAGUUGAGAAUUCCUAAAACGUAACACCCUGGCCUCUAGCACUGCCUGGAUUGGAAAGUAAAACCUUGUUCUUGGCAGGAAGAGUUUAAGAAAGCUUGUUCCAGGAUCCAAGACCCCAGAGAGACAUUGGACUGAUGUCAAGAUAAGCUUCCCUGAAACAGCUUUUGGGUAGCCCUGCAUACGAGCUGUGAAACCUGUAACAGGUUCAAUAAAACAUUGAAGCUGUCCUGUAUAUCUGGUAAAAAGGUGAUUUGUUUUCUUGGUGAGAACAUUUGGCUUCCACCUCCUGUUUUUGCUACAGCUGGACAAUGCCAGGAGAUUUCUUUUGUUGUGUAAUUUGUUAUGGGCACCCUGCAUCUUUGCUGAUAAGUCUGAAGGAGUCCUGAAACCAUUUUUUAAAAUAUAUUUAGGCAUUUUGUAUGAUAAAUUGUUUGAUCACUGAGAUUGUCAAGGUCAUUUGACAUCUAGGUCAGGUUGUAACAUGUUAUAGUAAUGUGUAUAAUUGUGAGGUAUCUGGAAUAUAGCCCUGCAUGUGAAACUGGGAUCCCCAUUUGCAGCCAAAUUACA